AUGCCUCUCCCAAAUCAACAGCCGGCGGCGGCGGCGGCGGCGGCGAUCGAGCACAUCUAUAAGCCGGAGGACACUUCAAGGUUCGAGCCACGGCUCAAGGUUGUAAAUCGGGAGAAAUCGGAGCUUCUCCAUAAGAUCCGCGACUCGUAUGAUCGUGCCCGCGAGCGGCUCGCCAAGGCGACGGCAUUCAAAGAGGAGAUCUUCCUCGGCGCCGGCCUCUCCUUUGGCCUUCUCGAUCCGACCACCAACAUCAUCUACAACACCCUCGUCGCCUCCAACCUCUGCGACGAGAAAAUCCAGGGUGUUCAGGACGGGAACAUAGCCGAGCGCUCCCUGGACGGCCUUGUCGCCUUCCUCACCUUCUUCUUCCGCUACCUCGCAAACUGGGAAGCCGUGCGCUACCUGCUCCUCGCCGAUGCGGACCUCGUCUACGCGAUGCGCCUCGUUGUGCAUGACCGGUGUAUCUCUCCCUUCAACUUGAACUCUGAUACCAGCAAGUCCGACGUACGCACUGCCCUCAUGUGCGCUGCGCUGGCCUCUAAGCACAUGGAUCCCCACCACCUCGUCCACACCUGGCUGUCGCCGAUUCGCCCUCUGCAAGAAGCCGUCCAGGUGAUCAACAAUGACAUCAAUAAAUUCAGCUGUGACCCGCUGCAUCAUGCUUGCUGGGGCCCUGUCAUGCAAAUGCAACCCCUUGAUUUCGCUUGGAAGCGCGCAUUUGAUCUCCCUCGGUUGCCAUCCACCACCGUGCAGUAUCGUCCUUAUCAGUCCAUGAAGUUUGUUCUCCUCGGGCUAAUCCACACCUUCUACCUGAAUGCACUUGCCCUCCUCCCGGCCGGUGAGCUCCGGUCUUGCUACCACCACAGCAUGCUCAAGGCUGGCCACUGCUAUGGCCCCUUCGACCCUGUCUCCAACAUCAUCAUCAACACUAUCUGGUAUAACACCGUCUCCCCGCCGAGCCAAAAACUUGAGCUUGAUAUGAUCAGUACCAUGAGUCUGUUACGCAUUGAGGCUCGCUCCUUCUAUGGCCUUGUUUCUUUCCUCUGCACUUCGGGCAAGAAACUCUAUGAAGCCAUGCGCUUCUUGCUCAUUUCUGAUUGCACUUUGGGAAAGACUCAGCCCUUUUCGAACCCUUUGUCUGACUUUGGGGAUGAAAACAAAAAAUUUCAUGCCUUCAGGGCUGCCGGUGUGGCUGCUUGGCACCCCGACCCUGUCGCGCAAGCAGAAUUUAUUUCCAAACGCAGUCAUACAUUAAUCCGUCAUAAGAUUAAUGCUCCACUCGACUCUGCUGAUGUUGACCGCAUCACCAGAAAGAUGUUUCAAGGACCUCCCACCCCUGGCAACUCACUGCAGCAUCAAUCCGAUCCCAUGCCCAAGCUAUAUAAAAUUCCGGAUGAGCAUACAAGAGUCUCUAAGAAAGUCAAAGCAGCGCUGGCCUCAUAUGCACUGGAGAACAGAGAAUCCACGUAUGAUCUUCAUGUUAUUUGUGGCGUCAACCAUAAUGUGUCUGGCCCUGAGUACUGUAUGGAUGUUGACAAACCCAUUUUCAUAUAUCAUCACAUUCAUGUUAAUUUUCUGGCAAGUCAAGGAGGUGGAGAUCCAAAACUCUUCUUCGCUGAACUUAGCAAUGACGAUGCAGAGGACGGAGGUCGGAAGGUCUUGUGUUGUCCUGUGAAUUUUCCCAAACCACGCCAAGAACAAAUCCGCUGCAUGUACUGUGAUUAUGAAGGGACUAAAAUUGUGCACCCGGCUAUGGAGGAAUUCCAAUUUAGAGGUCACGACCCAGAGUUUCAGAACAUGGCCUGUGGUAUAGAUCCCUACGAAGACGAACCGUGUCCAGAUGGUGUUAUGCAGUUCUACACAAACUAUAGAAUCAUCAGCAUCUCGUGCGGGGCAUUAGAUAAUGUGGGAGCAGUGGACGAUGACUCUGAUGACGGCACUGAUGAGGAAGAUGACAGCGAUUAUAUUAGCGAAUCUGAAUCUGAGUAA